AUGGCAACUCAAGCCGCCGGGAUCUUCAGCUCCGCCAUAACAACCGCCGCGACCUCCGGCGUUAAAAAACUCCACUUUUUCUCAACAACCCACCGUCCCAAAUCCCUCUCCUUCUCCAAAACCGGAAUCCGCGCCGAGAAAAAAGAAUCCGCCGCCCCAGCCGCACCCGUGAAAGAAGCUCCGGUGGGAUUCACCCCGCCGCAGCUAGACCCAAACACACCGUCUCCGAUCUUCGCGGGAAGCACCGGCGGUCUUCUCCGUAAGGCCCAGGUGGAAGAGUUCUACGUCAUCACAUGGAACUCGCCGAAAGAACAGAUCUUUGAGAUGCCGACAGGAGGUGCGGCGAUCAUGAGGGAAGGUCCGAAUCUGUUGAAGCUAGCGAGGAAAGAACAGUGCUUGGCUUUGGGGACGAGGCUUAGAUCCAAGUACAAGAUCACUUACCAGUUCUACAGAGUGUUUCCGAACGGCGAGGUUCAGUAUCUUCACCCGAAAGAUGGUGUUUACCCGGAGAAGGCGAAUGCAGGAAGGGAAGGCGUUGGUCUCAACAUGAGAUCGAUUGGGAAAAAUGUUAGUCCCAUUGAAUUUCGGACUCGCCGUCUUUCCAUCAAUUGCUCCUUCGUUAGACUCUUCGUCUCUGCAGUAGCCAUAGCCGUAGCCAGCUCAGUUGAGCUCACGAUCGCCUUGUUGGCUAAUCGUAUUCUCUCAUUCGGCUCGCGUCUUCUCGAUUUUGCCAACGUUGCUGUGGAAUCGCUCUCCCGUUUCACAUUUUCAUCUCCUGUUACAUCUCGGCUGAUGUCAUUGUGA